AUGGAACCUGCAACCCAGGUAUGUGCCCUUAAUUGGGAAUUAAACCUGCAGCCCAACUAGGGCGGGCUAUUUCUGUUGUUAUUGUUUAUUUUUUUAAUGCUAUUGUUAUGAUUGAUGCUGCUCCAGAGCAGCCCCGGAAUGUCCUCAAAGCCCUGGAAGGGGAGAACUCAAAGCCUGGUCAGGCCUCCCCUCCAUCCCAUCCCCCUCAGUCCCCCUGUGGAUUGUGACGUAGGCAGACCAAGGGUCUGGCCGGAAAUCCCCCUUCCUGUUGCAGAUAAGCCUGGACCAGCCCAGCUGUACCCAAACCCUCCUCCCCACCACCCAUUUCGCAGAAUCAAGUCCCCAAGAUGGAGAACCUGUCCACCAAGCCCCCUGUCCCACUCCCAUCACUCCCCUGCAUCCCCCAUUGCCCAGCCUGCUGUUCCCCAAGCUUCUGUCCAAGUCCUAGCCAUCCCUGCAGCAGGACAGCCCCAGCUACAGGAGGCAGGCGGCCAUCCCUGAGGGGGGGGGAGGCGAGAGGAGUGUAGCUCAGCCCCGCCCAGCCCCCUGCAACUCGACCUAGCUUCAACCCCCAGCUCUGACGUCUUGGAAAAUUCCCCCCUGUCCAGGCCCCCAGGGGAGGGGAUGCAUGGUAUGAAAUGGGGCUGAGACCCCCAGGUGGGGACAGAGGAACCCACCAGAGGUGAGCCAUCAUGAACUGGGGACUGGAGGUCUGGACUACUGGGUCUGAGGAAAAAGGGCUGAGGUCCCUCCUGGUCUGAGCAAAAAGGACACUGGAGGCCAAGAUUCCAGGGUCCUGGGGAAGAAGGGAGCAGAGGGCUGAACUACUGUGUCUGAGAGAAGCAAGGGCUGGGGCCCAGACUGCAGGGUCCCUAGUGUCCCCAGCUCACCCUGUGCCUUUCCUCGCCACUGCCCAGAACAUUCACAACAAGCAUCCAUGGACUUGUGGAAGUGGGAUGAAGCAUCACCACAGGAAGUGCCCCUGGGAAACACACUGUCAAGGCUGGAAGGAGCUGAGCUCGGCUUCUGUUUCCCUGAAGUGGCGCUCCAAGGGGACACACUGACAGAAGAGACAUGCUGGAAAGGACUCCCACAUUGGGACCGGAUCUCCGCGUCACCGCACCCAGAAACUCCAUGGGGGGCGGAGCACGCCUCUCAGGCUCCUUCGUGGUCAGGAGACUGGAUACAACGGGGAUGCACCGGGUGGGACGCUUGGAGCCGAGUCCCGCCGGCGCUGGGCCCCGCCCCCUCCGCUGAGUCUCCGGGGGUCGUGGGCCACCACACUACCAUCUCCGCGGGCGGGACCCACUCGUGGACGCGCGCCCCCACCACAGCGAGCUCCCCCGGCCGGGACUGUCCCUUUGGCUCCCACGGCGCCGCAUACUGGAGCCAGGGCCUCCGCGCGGAGGGGCGCGCCGACUCCAUUCCCUGGGGCGGGCCUGGGGGCUCGGACUGUCCCACCUCCUGGGACUCGGGGCUGCAUACGGCUUGCCCCACCUCUUCCAAGGAGCACCAGAGUUCCGAUCUCACCGCUUCCUCCGAACCGAAGCAGCAGUUGGACCGCGCAAGUUUGACACGUUACCCCAAAACUAACCACCGAGGUCCCAUUCAGCUCUGGCAGUUCCUCCUGGAGCUGCUCCAAGACGAGGCGCGUAGCAGCUGCAUCCGCUGGACAGGCAACAGCCUCGAGUUCCAACUGUGCGACCCCAAAGAGGUGGCGCGACUGUGGGGUGAGCGCAAGAGAAAACCCGGCAUGAAUUACGAGAAGCUGAGCCGAGGCCUGCGUUACUACUACCGCCGGGACAUCGUGCGAAAGAGCGGUGGGCGCAAGUACACGUACCGCUUUGGGGGCCGCGUGCCCGGCCUAGCUUAUCCAGACAACGCUGGGGUUAGGGUCCGACAGGGAGCAGCAACCCAAUAAAAAUAUCCGGUCAAACUUC